AUGAGGGUGCUUUUAGUAGCAGGUGUUUUGUAUCUAGCGGCCAUUUGUGCCGCUUACGAAGCAGAUGAUAUGGCGGUCGCUGCUUCGCACCACAAGGGCCAUGGCGGUGGUGGUGGCGGUGGCGGUGGCCAUGAACAUCAUGAACAUCAUCACCAUGAACACGGUGGCCACGGACAUAAAGGACAUAAAGGACAUCAUCACCAUCACAAAGGCGACCAUGGAGACCAUGGUAAGCACCAUCACGGCGAGCAUCACCACGAACAUGGCGACGGCCACAAGAAGCACUGGGAUGAGCACGACCACCAUGGUGAACACCACGAGCACGGCCACCACCACAAGGGGGAGAAGCAUGGCCACCAUGAACACCACGACAAGGGUGAGCACACCGAUGGCUACCACAAGAAGUACCACAAGGAUCACUUCCACAAGGACCAUCACUUCCACGACGGCCACCACGACGAAGGCAAACACCACAAACAUGGCCACCACCACGGACAUCAUGAGAAACACGACGGUGGACACAAGAAGGGCGGUCACCAUCACUCCGGACACCACGAGGGUCACCAUGGCAAACAUGGUCACCACGACAAGCACCACUAUGACGAAGACCACCACGGACACAAGGGACACCACGGACAUGAGGGCCAUCACCACCAUCACCACGAUCAUGGCAAGAAGGGUGGACACGAGGACCACAAGCACUGGGGCUUCCACCAUGGCAAGCACUGA